ACACUUAAUUUCUUUCCUAUACCACCACCUUCACGUCUUUCUGCCUUGCUUCUGGAAAUCAUGGCAUAUGUCGAUACAAAUCAUCCAGCUGGAUCGAACUUGCAUAUGGAUCCAUUUGGCGAUGACGGUCGGGUCAAACCCUUUGGCGUUUUAGAUGAACUACCGCAUGACGAUAGCAUGACUUUCACAACAACUACGAGUGGAAUUCCUGCCCUGGAUCCUUCGUCGUCCUUGCGUGGUGCAGGUCAAACGGAGGCCCAAUCUCUCAUCUUCAACUAUCGACGUACAAAGUCUCCUCUGCCAGGCAUACCAAGCCGGGAACCUACACCAUCGUUGUCCGAAAGAGAUGCACCAGUUUUCGGCGACUUGAGCGUCCCAUAUAAGGACGAAGAAACUUAUUCAACACGUCCAUCGUCUGUCGUCGGCCAGUCAAACGACCAUCUUGUGCAUAAUGCCGCAGAUAUGGGACGCUCAGACAGUUAUCAGGACUUGGAAUACGCAGAACCAUUAUCGGGCGAGGACUCAAAGCUUGUCGCAGACAAAGCAUCUCCGUUUCAGAAGGCUCUUGGGAUGAAUACGGGGAAGUAUCCUAUGGACCAGCGGAUCGAGGACAAGAAACGGGGCAUCGGGCGGCAAAAACAUCCUUUUGUUGUAUGGGCCUUAACAAUUGUCAUGAUUGGCAUUUUUAUCAACGAGCUAGUCGUGAACAGCAGAGCACAGGGCACCCCAGUAUCCUUCAAGCCAGUUGUAAACCCCAUGCUUGGGCCGUCGGAAAGUGCAUUAAUUAAUUUAGGUGCUCGUUUCCCGCCAUGCAUGAAAGUUGUUCAAGGACUCCCUUUAACCACCCAAAUUGCUUGCCUCAAUGAUACCGCAAAUCCGCCAGACCGGCUUUGUUCGAUCGAGGACGUGUGUGGUUUUGGUGGCUUCCAUGGUGGUGAGCCUAAUCAGUGGUACAGAUUCAUCACUGCCAUCUUCCUGCACGCGGGAUUCAUCCAUAUCAUCCUCAACAUGCUCGCUCAAUUGACAAUAUCUGCUCAAAUAGAGCGUGAAAUGGGUUCGGCUGGUUUUGUCAUCACUUAUUUCGCGGCCGGAAUCUUUGGUAACGUGUUGGGCGGCAACUUUUCACUGGUCGGCGCACCUUCAAUAGGCGCUAGCGGUGCCAUCUUUGGCACAGUCGCGAUCACAUGGGUGGAUCUUUUCGCUCACUGGAAAUAUCAAUACCGACCUGGUAGAAAGCUCGCCAUCAUGACAGUGGAACUACUCUUUGGUAUCGCUCUUGGGUACAUUCCUUAUGUGGACAACUUUGCUCACCUCGGAGGCUUGUGUAUGGGUCUUCUCGUUGGCACAACCCUGUACCCCGUCAUCAGUCCAACGAAGCGCCAUAAGCUCAUCAUGUGGGCUUUCCGGCUGGCAGCCAUACCAUUGGCGAUCGUCCUCUUCGUCGUCCUGAUUCGGAACUUUUAUACUUCAGAUCCAUAUGCAGCGUGCUCGGGUUGCAGGUACCUGUCAUGCAUACCUACUGCAUCAAACAAUCACUGUCAAGGUACAGGCUUUACCACUAAUACGACCACUGGCGGGUCGAGUAUUUGAGUGUACUCCUUUCGAUGUCAUACUUGAACAUUAGCUUCGUGCACUGCAUCAUCACUUCAUGUAUACCAAUGGACAGUCGGACUACGCUGAUAUUCCACUCCCCAGUGAUGACGAUGAGCGCUUGAAUAAGGACGCUAAACUGAAUAUGGCACAUUUUAUCUACGAGUGCAUGGACAUUAAUAACACAGAUGGGGUUGUUACAGUAACUGUAUAUCUGAGGUACCUCAGGCUAUAUAUACAUAGUGCGCACCAAAGUGCGUAUGCGUUUGAAACGGA